UCCGCUCCACGCACGUCCUCCAGCAGAUGUGACGUCUCGUUAGUCUAGUUACUUUCUUCCUGCGCAGCUGGAAGUUAUAGGCUACACACAUCUAUUGAAGAAAAAAAAAACUCGAAAACUCCAUGGAUGCUACUCAGGAAGCAAGCAAUCGAUGAUUUCUGCUUGUUUUUGCAAGGCGAAGACGCAAGCGGACUUAAAAGGCAUAACCCGGUGAUGUGUUCUCUGAUGUCAGAAUGAGAACUUACACGCGUGGGGCACCAACAGUGUUCUUCAUAAGUACACUAUGGGUGCUGCUUAUCCCAGUGCUGGCUAACAUUGACUCCAGUGGAGGCAUUACAUUCCUGGGAGGGAACUAUGAAGGAACUCAUCCCAUGCUGUACUUUGGCCAAACAGAGGUUGAAGUUCUGCAGGGAGCAGCAAUGGGAACACACAAGGCUUUGGCCCAACAAAUUCGGGAGGCCGGAGAGGCCAUCAUGGAGCGACCAGAGGAAUAUCUGCCUCCCUGGCACCCUGAAGAGUUCAGUGCUCGUUGGAACGAAGUGUAUGGGAACAAUUUAGGCCUGCUUUCAAUGUUUUGCCUACUGUAUCCACACCGUUCUGGUGCACUGGACAUAGCCAAGGAAUACAUGGAACGAAUGGCUGCACAACCUAACUGGUUGGUGAAAGACGCUCCGUGGGAUGAGGUUCCGAUGGCUCAUUCUCUAGUUGGCUUUGCAACAGCAUAUGACUUCCUAUACGAGUACCUCAGUACAGUUCAGCAGGAGCGUUUCCUGCAGGUGAUUGGGAAUGCUUCACACUACAUGUAUGAGAAAUCUUAUCAUCGUGGCUGGGGAUUUCAAUACCUACACAACCAUCAACCAACCAAUUGCGUUGCUCUUUUGACUGGCAGUCUUGUUCUGAUGAACCAAGGUUACCUCCAGGAAGCAUACCUCUGGACAAAACAAGCUCUUGCCAUUAUGGAAAAGUCUAUGGUCCUUCUCCAAGAUGUUACUGAUGGUUCUCUCUAUGAGGGUGUGGCAUAUGGAACUUACACUACUCGUUCACUCUUUCAAUACAUGUAUUUGGUACAGAGGCACUUUGAUAUUGGUCACUUCAGUCAUCCCUGGCUGCACAAACACUUCGCAUUUCUCUACAGGACACUGUUACCUGGUUUUCAGAGGAGUGUGGCAAUUGCUGAUUCCAACUACAAUUGGUUCUAUGGACCGGAGAGCCAGUUGGUGUUUUUGGAUCGGUAUGUUAUGAGAAAUGGCAGCGGGAAUUGGCUGGCUGGUAUAAUCAGACAAAAUCGGGUUCUGGAGGGCCCAGGACAGGCAGGAAGGGGUCAGCGCUGGUGCACACUACACACAGAGUUUCUCUGGUAUGAUGCCAGCCUUCAGCCCACCCCGCCUCAUGAUUAUGGAACACCUCGUUUGCAUUUUUUUGAAGACUGGGGAGUGGUUACUUUCGGAAGUUCCCUACCUGCUGGGAGAAACCACUCAUUUUUAUCUUUUAAGUCCGGAAAGCUUGGUGGACGUGCUAUAUUUGACAUUGUACACCACAAAAAAUACAAAGACUGGAUAAAAGGGUGGCGAAACUUUAAUGCUGGCCAUGAGCACCCAGACCAGAACUCCUUUACCUUUGCUCCAAAUGGAGUUCCGUUCAUCACAGAAGCAUUAUAUGGUCCCAAAUAUACCUCCCUAAAUAAUGUUGUCAUGUUUGGACCUGCUGUGUCUGAAAGCUGCUUUGCUCCAUGGGAAGGUCAAGUUACAGAGGCUUGCAACUCUAAAUGGUUAAAAUAUAAGCAUGGGCAAGCGGCAGAUUGUCAUGGUCGGGUGGAGGUAGCUCAAGAACAGCAGGGCAUGGUUUUUAUCCGUGGGGAGGCCAUGGCAGCUUACAACUCUGAACUGAAGAUUCAAAAUUUUCAGAGAAACUUGUUGCUGAUUAAUCCUCAACUGCUGCUGAUGGUAGACCAUAUUCAUCUGCAUUCUAGCAGUCCAACACACUUAAUGAGUGCCUUCUUUCACAACACAGACUUGCCCUUCCAAAACACCCAAGAUGAUGGAGUUCAUGGCGCUCUGAUCAGAAUUGGAAAUGAAUCGUACAAGAUGUUCUGGUUGGAUGACAUGGGCAGCAGUGAAAGGGCAACAGUGGGCUAUAGGAGCUACCCACGGGGGUACCCUUAUAAUGGAUCAAACUAUGUGAAUGUGACUAUGCCACUGAGGAAUCCCACAAGCAGAAUGGCUUACAUCUUCUUUGGGCCUGGAGAGGAUGUGCAAAAUUUCAGUGUGCAUGGUGAUUCAGAAAGAUUAAACAUCUAUCUAGGCACCAGAAAACACAAAUAUACCAUAUGUAUUCUUACAGCUGAGGUUUCCACCAAAGCUCCAUAUGCAAUAGUGUUGACGGAUCAAAAGAAAGUGGUGUUUGAAAGUGCAUUAGAAAUAAAGGAACAGCCUGUAAAAGAAGUGGAGGAAUAUGUUAAUGUUGUUGAGGACAGUCUUCAGCAUGUCAAACCAGUCUUUCAGCAGCUAGAACGACACAUCCUGUCACGGGUUCUUAACACAGACAACUUUCACAAAACUGCUGAGCGUCUGCUAAAAUUCUCGCAGAAGAGAAACACAGCGGGAAAUCUUGACAUUAUUGGCCUCUAUAAGAAGCAGGGAAAAGGAAAGGGAGGCAAAAAGACUAUCCUUUCUGACAGUCUACCAGAUAUCUUUGCUCGUAUCGAGGCAAAUGAAAAGAAGGAGAGACAACUUUCAAUGAAGCAUGCCUAUGAGGUUCCAGAUGAGGGAGAUGAUGAUUCAAGGACAUUCAUUGAUUACAGUGAUGUACGAAAGGGCAGAAAGGUUGGAUUUAUAAAGGGGCGGAAAUUUAAAGAAGUGCAGAUAGUGGCUACAGCAGCAACUGAGGACACAUCUAGCUCCACCUCGUAUAUACGGCUUUUCCUCAUUUCGAAUAUAGCCACUUUUUUUCUUCUGCUGGCAGUGUUGCUGACACGUUUCCAGAGGGCUCAGACUUUACACACACAACGUUUUCUCUACUGUGUCCUCCUCAUAGAUAGCUCCAUCCUGCUCUGUUUGUACUCCUCCUGCUCUCAGACUCAGUGUUAACAUCAUUAUUGACCCUUUUCUGCCAACAGAGUGCCAGGGCUUGGACAUACUCAGAAACAAAUGUUUAGUCUUAUAGAAUGCAAGUCGCCAAUUGCAUAAAUGUAAAUUUUGGGGGCAUGGCGCUGGUUCUGGAUGAAACGUCAGACAUGUAGUGCAUGCAAGAAAAGCAAAGAACUUUACAAACGUGUGCCUCAAAGAUUUUUAUCAGGAUCAGUAAGCAACUAUUAUAUAUAAAAUAUUAUAAAAAUCUAUAAAGGGUCGUAAAAAAGAACACAUGCUGUUAAAAAUAUCUAAAUAUAUGUUAUGACAGAUCAGCCAUUAUACAAUCUUUAUGAUUCCUUACAGUAUUAAAAAUAGUUGAUUCUGAAUAUGGUUUGUAAUUAUGAUUGCUAUGAAGUUUAAUUGUGGUUUGACUAACCCAUCAUUGCACCAUUGACAGCCUAUAACAGAAACAUACUGUAACAAGACUGUAUAAAAUAUAUAAGAUGUUAAAAAUGUUUUUUUUGAACUCUUAUAUUCCAGCUCUUCUAAAUUAAAACAGUAUAUUAUUAUUUACCUA